UGACGGGAGAACACUCUUUUUCCCUCACCCAAAUGCUUUGAUUGGCAUGUGUGUGGCAACGCCCAAGUCUCGCCGAGUUCUCCGUCGCGGCGAUUGAACCUCGGACCCGAGAGCCAGAAACAUUUAGCAGUAGGUUUUGAAAAAACAAAAUGGCAGAAGCACAUCAAGCUGUAGCCUUCCAGUUCACUAUCACCCCAGAAGGAAUUGACUUUAGACUAAGCCAUGAAGCAUUGAGACAGGUCUAUCUCUCUGGACUAAGGUCAUGGAAGAAGAAGCUCACCCGAAUAAAGAAUACUGUCAUCACUGGAGUGUAUCCUGCAAGUCCUUCCAGCUGGUUGUUUGUGGUAGUAGCAAUUUUAGCUACUUUGUACACCCGUAGUGACCCCUCCAUGGGUCUCAUUAACAAAAUUCAGGAGCAUCUUCCUGUCAGUGGAUAUCUGUCACACCAAUCCCAAACUUUACUUAGCGCUUUGCUUUUUGCAACUCUACUGUGGCUAGCCGUCAUCUUGACAAUGCGUUAUAUUUUAAAACAACUCCUGUCAUACCAUCGCUGGAUGUUCGAAGUACAUGGGCGUAUGUCCAAUAAAACCAAAGUCUGGUUGGCAUUAGUACGUAUAUUCUCUGGAAGAAAACCUCUUCUUUACAGCUAUCAGGCUUCUCUGCCCCACCUGCCUUUACCUGCAAUCAAAGAUACCAUGAGACGAUUUUUGGAGUCUGUACAUCCCUUACUUGAUGAUGAGCAGUUCAAACGCAUGUCCGCUCUUGCGUCAGAUUUUGAGAACAAUCUUGGACCUAAGUUACAGUGGUACCUUAAACUGAAGGCACUAUGGGCUUCAAAUUAUGUUAGUGACUGGUGGGAGGAAUACAUCUAUCUUCGUGGUCGUAGUCCCAUCAUGGUUAACAGCAACUAUUAUGGAAUGGACUUCCUGUAUGUAACACCCACUCCCAUCCAAGCUGCCCGUGCUGGCAAUGCUAUACAUGCUAUGAUGCUGUAUCGCAGAAAAUUGAACCGGGAAGAAAUUAAGCCUGUAAGCAGUCAUUGUAAUGGUCUGUUAGCCGAAUCCCAGGCACUAUCAUUCCGCUUUGUUCUGCGCAGUGGGAGAGAUUGUUUAACACUUGCCGGAUCCCUGGAGAGGAGACAGUUGCUGGUACAAGACUGUGUGCCCAUGUGUUCUGAUCAAUAUGAAAGAAUAUUCAAUACUACUCGUAUCCCUGGUGAAAAUUCAGAUGCAAUCCAACACAUGCAGGACAGCAAGCACAUAGCAGUAUUUCAUCGAGGCUGUUUCUGGCGCCUCUGGCUUUAUCAUGGAGGCCGUCUGCUGUCACCACGAGAGAUGGAGUGUCAAAUUCAAAAGAUUCUUGAUGAUACAGGCAUUCCACAGCCGGGUGAGGAAAAACUGGCUGCAUUAACUGCUGGAGACAGAAUCCCCUGGGCUAAAGCACGCAAGGCUUAUUUCGGAAAUGGAAAGAAUCGUCAGUCAUUGGACAUUAUUGAGAAGGCUGCUUUUUUUGUUUGUCUGGAUGAUAGUGAGCAAGGGAUGAUGGGUGAGGACCCUGGAAAAAGUUUGGAUGCAUAUGCCAAAUCAUUGCUGCAUGGAAAGACCUAUGAUAGAUGGUUUGACAAAUCUUUCACAUUCAUUGUUUAUAAGAAUGGCAAAACUGGAGUGAAUGCUGAGCAUUCCUGGGCUGAUGCCCCCAUUGUUUCACACCUUUGGGAAUAUGUUUUAGCAACAGACUGUUUCCAGUUGGGUUAUAAUGAAGAUGGCCACUGUAAAGGAGAUGUGGAUUUCACUAUUCCUCCACCACAUCGUUUGACUUGGGAUAUACCAAAAGAGUGUCAAGAUGUGAUUACCAGCUCCCACGCAGUUGCUCAGGCUCUUGCUGAAGAUGUAGAUUUUCAUGUCCUCCCCUUCCGAGAAUUUGGAAAAGGCUGCAUAAAAAAGUGCAAGAUCAGUCCUGAUGCUUUUAUACAAAUUGCACUGCAGCUGGCACAUUACAGGGACAAAGGGAAAUUCUGUCUAACAUAUGAAGCCUCAAUGACUCGUUUAUUUCGAGAGGGUAGGACUGAGACAGUGCGUUCCUGUUCCAAGCAAUCUUGUGCUUUUGUUCGAGCUAUGGAGAAUAAUCGUAUAGAGCUUUCUGAGAAGCUCAGACUUUUCCAACUGGCUUCAGAGAAACACCAACACCUCUAUCGAAUGGCAAUGACUGGAGGAGGUGUUGAUCGCCAUCUGUUCUGCCUUUAUGUAGUUUCAAAAUACCUGGGGGUGGAUUCUCCAUUCCUGAAGGAGGUUCUUUCUGAACCUUGGAGACUAUCUACCAGUCAGACUCCUGUUCAGCAAGUGGAACUGUUUGACUUGGUUAACCACCCUGAUUAUGUAUCCUGUGGUGGAGGCUUUGGACCAGUAGCAGAUGAUGGGUAUGGAGUUUCAUACAUGAUUGUGGGCGAAGAGAUGAUCAAUUUUCACAUCUCUUGCAAAAUAUCAAGUUCUGAAACGAAUGCUCAUCGGUUUGGACGGCACAUUCACCAGUCAAUGAUGGAUAUUUUAGCUCUCUUCAGCAAUGGCAAGAAAAACCUGUGAGCUACAUUUUGUUAGUGAUGUUUUUUCUCAGGUUUUCUGUUGGGAACCAAAAUAACCCUGUGCUCCAGUUGAUUCCUCAUACUGUAUGUCUAAAUGCCUCUGUUUAUGUAACUUUGGAUCUGCCAUUAUGUGUUGGUGCUUAUCUCUUUUGUGAAUGCAGCUGGCAAGUUUCUUAUGGAAAAUAUGUAAAUAAAGACAAAAGACUGAAAUCCCUGUCCCACAGAAGCAGUAUUACUCCCAGAUUCUCAUGGUGCACAAAUUUGCAGCAGUCUCUGGAAUGCUACUCUUCAAUUUCUUUUAUUUUUUAGUUAUGUAUUAUUCUACAAUGAUACAGUGCUCUUGUUCCACUAUAUUUGGGUAAUGACAAGAUAACUAGUGUAAUUAACUUUAUAAAAGGGGGAAAGAUUGAAAGAAAUUGAUAGUGCCUUAAAUUAACUGAAGAAAAGCAAACUGGUUAAAGAAGAGAUGCCACACGGCCAGUGUCUACCUGAUUAAUAAGACAGCCCUACACUAAUGGUGGAUGUGCUAUUUGCAUAGAGAAAUGGAGCAUCUGACCCUCCUCUGCUUGCAUGCAUACUUUUUAGGGUUCAGUUUGAACCUUUUUUCAUAUUUACACUUGUUAAUUUUUUGCAGUGAUUAAAGGGUUUUUUGGUACAGGUAAGUGAUGAAUACUAAAGUCACUGUGCUUAUGAAGUUGGAACCACUGUGUCUGCAGAAAAACAAUAGAAUGCUUCAUUACAUUUCUACAUGCAAAUAAUUAGCCUUCCAGCUCAUAUAUAGUUUGAUGUGGAUUGUAUAUUAUGCACUUUAAACAUACCUUUUUAAUUUCCAAACUUUAAUUCUCAGAUUCUGCUUAUGAGCUCGUUGUAAUUUUUUAUGAAGAAAUAGGUGGGUUUGUGUGUGUGGCAGGAGGAACCAUGCAGAGUUGGGUGUGUGUGUGUGGGAUCAAAUGUAACUCAAAAUACCUGUUUUUGUUUUCCUCCGCCUGUGAAGUGUGCCUCAGACUCAAAUACUGAUGUUGCUGAUUAACAUACGUCUUUGUGUGUUUUUUACUCAUAUUUUUAUGAAUGCACAAAGAUACACAUUCCUUCUGUGCCCCUAGCAGAUGUGUGGAAUGACUAAGUUCUCCUAGUGGAACAGUUGCCGUAUGGCAGAAUCGGCUUUUU